GUGGCUCGGGGCAGGGGAGGUGGGGGAGAGGGCGAGGGGAGUGGCCGCGGCCUCCCCUCGCCCCCGGGUUGCGGCCUAGCCCGGGAAGUCAGAGCGGGUCCUUUGGCCCCGCCGUAACGACCCCCCCCUUCCCCCACCUCCGGCCCGCCGCCCUCGCCGGGGCGAGCUGGGAGCCUCGGGCUCCCGCUCACAGUUCCCGUCCACCCCACCCCCACCCCCACCCCCACCCGCUGCACCCCACCCCCACGGCGCCUGCUCCUUUCCCAACAACCUUCCUCCCCUCCCCCACAUCCGGUGUUGGCGAAACCGUAGGAGCCCGCCGCAGCCCCGGAAAGCCGGCUUGUUCCCGACUCCCGAAGAGAGAAGUGACACUAGAUCGCUUUUUUCGCGACAACAGUUUCCCCAGUUUAGCGGUCCCCCACUGCCUAAAUCAAACUGAGUGCCAGGAGCUGAAUUUACCUACUCUCAUUCCUCUCCAGGGUCCCACUACUUGGGAGACACUCUCAAACUCCACAUACAGAAAGCCACCGACCUUAAUCCGGAUUGAUGAAACCGUAAUGAAGAACACCCCCUAAGCUCCCAUAAUCGAUUUGGGGAUAUUCCCUGCCCAAAAAUUUCCUGGAAAAUUGACUAGUAUUAAGUGUGAGUAAAAGGUGUCCACUUUUUUUUAAGUUUUGAUUUUAGUUUUGUCUUGGAUAGUAUUUGGCAAGAUUUAGCCUAGAAACUAUGUAGUACUUAUUACAUGAGAAUCAAAAUUGCUUUGUUACGGGGCUGGUUUCAAAAUUUAGAACUCAUUUCUCUGUAUCAAAAUUGUUCUUUUUUUGUUUUUGGGGUUUUUUUGUUUUUUUUGUUUUUGUUUUUGUUUUUUAAAUUCUUAAAUGGUAAAUGUACCAUUGUGCAAUGAAAUUUCAACUCCCAAAGUUUACCCUUUUACUAACUGGAGUAAAUGAAUAAUUACAAAGUCUUUAGUUGUAGCCAUCAUUUGUAAAAAAAAAAAAAAAAAAGAAAAAGAAAAAAAAGAAAAGAAAAAAAAAUGAAACCGGGCUGCAUAAGCAAGCCUUUGCAGGGCCAAUAUUGAAUGUUAUACCAGUGACACUGGUGUUGCUGUAAAAGAAGAAAAAAGAAAAUCCUCCCUUGGAUAGAAGCUUUCUGUAUUUUGACAGUCCCAGUUCAGGAUGGCUAUAAUGCUGCUCUGCCUUCUACAGCUUGCUGCACCACUCUGUAGUUACUCGAUAACUAUACGUUUCUAUCUUUUUUGGUUAAACACUCCCUGAAGAUGAUAAAGAUGAUAAUGAUGUACAUACAUCCGUAUUAGUAUUAUACACAUUGAUAUAUGUGUAAGGAUCUCCCUUCAUGUUUACUCUGUGGGCUGGGCGAAAUUUAGUGUAACAUACUGGUACACAUCAUGAUACUUUGGUAUAAGAGUAAGUUCACUAUUUUUAUAAUGAACCCAAAUCUGAAGGCUUUUAUAGUGUAUUUUAAAAGGGAAAACUUACCCAAAUGUUUUAUUUCUACACAUUUGUGUAUAUGUGUGUGUGUGUGUAUAAGCCAGUUAGUAUGUAUGUAUAUGUAUAUUAUAUACAUAAAACACUAUAUUUUUUCGUACAAGUAUGCUUUUAUUAUACAGAUAAUAAAGAUGGGGGAAGGUUUCUGUUUUUUUCUUAAUAGGUGAAGAAAUCUUGAAGACCAGAAAUUGGAUCUUAUUGAAUUUUGGUGUUCUUUUUCUUUUUUCUUUUUCUUCUUUCUUUUUAAAUUAUAUUGUUCGGCUAUGGAAGAUGGAUUUUUUUUUUUUCCCAAUAAUCUUUUGAAUCUCAAGUUCAUCUUUAAAUGAACUCUCUUUUUGUUGGUUUUUUGUUUUUGUUUUUGAGGAGAUAACUAACCCUAGCUGUCUCCAGUCUGACAAAGGUUAUUCAAAUGGACUUAAUCUCCCAGUAGUUGGGAGAUGUUUUAAAAACACCUCCUGUGUUUGAAUUGUGGCUGAGAGGUUUCCUUGGCAAUGUGAGGAGGAAAAUUCUUUCUGCCUCAUUAUUAUUAAUUCAUGGAUUGAGUGUUGGUUCGACCUACAGGCGUAAUAGAUUGGAACUCAGUGAAGACACAGAGGUUCCUGUUGAGAGCAAGCAGCUAAUGAUUGCAUUUUAAAGACGAUUUCUGUGAUUGAGUGGUCUUUUGGAAGAUUAAACCCAUUUCAAGAGGACUUGGAGCUGGUCCUCGCCUUGAGGAAGCAGUGGCUUGUUUUCAAGAAGCCACUUCUAAUCUGAGGAUCUACCCAGCAUGCCUAAUCAAGGAGAAGACUGCUAUUUUUUUUUCUAUUCUACGUGUACCAAAGGUGACAGCUGUCCAUUCCGUCACUGUGAAGCGGCACUAGGAAAUGAAACUGUUUGCACACUGUGGCAAGAGGGGCGCUGUUUUCGACAGGUGUGCAGGUUUCGGCACAUGGAGAUUGAUAAAAAACGUAGUGAGAUUCCGUGUUACUGGGAAAAUCAGCCAAUGGGAUGCCAGAAGCUGAACUGCGCUUUCCAUCACAACAGAGGACGUUACGUUGAUGGCCUUUUCCUACCUCCAAGCAAAACUGUGCUCCCCAGUGUGCCUGAGUCACCAGAAGAGGAAGUGAAGGCUAACCAGCUCACAGUUCAACAGAACAAACUGUCUGUCCAGUCUAAUCCCUCCCCCCAGCUGCGAAGUGUCAUGAAAGUAGAAAGUUCGGAAAAUGUUCCCAGCCCCACCCAUCCACCAGUUGUAAUCAAUGCUGCAGAUGAUGAUGAAGAUGAUGAUGAUCAGUUUUCGGAGGAAGGCGAUGAAAGCAAAACGCCCAUCCUGCAACCAACUCCCGAAGUUCACAAUGGAUUACGAGCAGCUUCUGCCCGCAAACCUGGGGUCAGUUUGAAGCAAGGUGAAUGUUUGAAUUUUGGAAUAAAAACCCUUGAGGAAAUUAAGUCAAAGAAAAUGAAGGAAAAAUCCAAGAAGCAAGGUGAAGGUUCUUCCGGAGUUUCCAGUCUUUUACUCGAACCUCAGCCCAUUCCUGGUCCUGAAAAAGAGAAUGUCCGGACAGUAGUGAGGACAGUAACUCUUUCCAGCAAACAAGGAGAAGAACCCUUGGUAAGAUUGAGUCUAACCGAGAGACUGGGAAAACGAAAAUUUUCAGUAGGUGGUGACAGCGAUCCUCCAUUAAAGCGUAGCCUUGCACAGAGGUUAGGGAAGAAAGUUGAAGCUACAGAAACAAACACUGACAAAGCACCAAAGAAAGUUCACGUUUCCAAGUCUCUGAAGGAGCGAUUAGGCAUGUCAGCUGGUCCAAACAGUGAGGAGGCAGCAGAGAGAGUUACUAAAGUUGGUGAGAUUCACGUGAAGACAUUAGAAGAAAUUCUUCUUGAAAAAGCUAGUCAGAAACGUGGAGAAUUACAACCUAAACUCAAGACAGACGGACCCUCAAAAGCCGAUGAUUCUACUUUAGGAACAAGAAGCCCCUCCACUAUCCGAAUCAAAACCUUCUCUGAGGUCUUGGCAGAAAAGAAACAUCGGCAGCAGGAAGCAGAGAGACAAAAGAACAAAAAGGAUGUAACUUGCAUCAAGCUGAAGGCUGACAGCGAAAUGAAAAAAACGGUGGUUUUGCCGCCUCUAGUCAUCAGCAAAGUGCCGUCGGAGGAGCCCGCGGGGAGAAGCAAGUCUAUGCAGGAAGUGCACAUCAAGACGCUGGAGGAGAUUAAGCAGGAGAAGGCGCUGCGGGGGCAGCAGAGCUCAGAGAGCAGCAUCGCUUCCCAGCAGCAACCCGAGGCCGCCCCCGGGGCAAGGCGGCUUCUCCGAAUCACAAAGAAACCGGGUAUAAAAGAAGAGAAGAAACUUCAAGAAGGAAGUGAAGUGGUUUCUCAGAGCACUGGUACUAGAACAGAGGCUAAAGAGGCUUCAGAAGAGACCACGGGAGUUGGCAUCCCUAAAAUUCAAGCCAAGAGAUGUGAGACCAUGAGAGAGAAGCACAUGCAGAAACAAUUGGAGAGGGGAACGACGCAGAAGGAAAAAUCAGUUUUGACACCCCUUCGGGGAGAUGUAGACUCCUGCAACACUCAGAUAGCAGAGAAGGCCCUGCUCGCGGCUGCGCCAGGCAUCACACGGCACCUGACAAAGCGGCUGCCCACAAAGUCGUCCCAAAAAGCAGAGGUAGAAACCUCAGGAAUUGGGGACUCAAUAUUGAAUGUGAAAUGUGCAGCACAGACCUUGGAAAAAAGGGGUAAAGCUAAACCCAAAGUCAACGUGAAGCCAUCUGUCGUUAAAGUGGUCUCAUCCCCCAAGUUGGCCCCCAAGCGCAAGGCGGCGGAGGUGCACCCUGCUGUCAUUGCAGCUGUGAAGCCACUCGGCUCCAGCAGCGUCCUACAGGAAAGCCCCACCAGGAAAGCAGCUGUGGCUGUCGUCCCACUCCUCUCUGAGGACAAGUCAGUCGCUCUGCCUGAGACAGAAAAACCCAGAGACAGUCUUGCGCUGCCUCCGGUCCAGUCCUCUUCUGAUCCCUCCCCACCGGAAGUAUCUGGCCCUUCUUCAUCCCAGGUGGCUACCAAAACUCGCCGACUCAGCUCUGCCUCAACAGGAAAGCCCCCGCUUUCAGUGGAGGAUGAUUUUGAGAAACUAAUAUGGGAGAUUUCAGGAGGCAAAUUAGAAGCUGAGAUCGACUUGGAUCCUGGGAAAGAUGAAGAUGACCUUCUGCUUGAGCUGUCAGAGAUGAUUGAUAGCUGAAGGCGGUAGAACACUUAAAAAAAAAAAAAAAACACGAAAAACAAAAAACUGGACUUAGUUUCAUCUAUUAUAACAUUUACCCAAGAUGAUCAUUUCUUUAGUCUAGAAUUUGCCCCGUAUCAGAAGUAUACCUCCGAAUUACCUGUCCUGGAUUCCUUGGGGUCAGAUUUUUAAAGUCCCUUGAUAACCAUUGUCCAUUCGAUGCCAUUGUCUAGCAUCUAUAAGAAAAAUGUCUUGUCUUACACCUCUCCACAAAAAAACUGAGAGGGAGAUCCAAGUCGAAGGGUGCGAGAGAACUUAGUGACUCCUUGAGGUGUUAGCUUGGGCUUUUUUCCCCUUUGCUGUAUAUUUCUUUUAUGUCUUGUCUUAAUGUACUUAAUGUUACCUGAGUUUGAAAAGGAUGAAGACAGCUGCUGCCAUUAAGGACCAAAUUUCACACUACCACUAAACAAAAAAUCCACUCAGUCUGUGUUAAAUCGUAUGUCUUUUUAAAGGUAUUUGGAGAUCCAACUAAGCUUUAGAGAGGGCUGAGCAGCUCAGAAAGCUUGUAAUCUGGACAUAACUUUUUCAACCUGAUUUUCAUGCUUCUGCUGCUCUGUAAGCCUCUAAAGAGCAAUAGCUAAUUUAUUAUUACUGUAAUUUUUUAAGGCUUUAAAGUGCCUCAGGGGUCCUCUGAAACUAAUUUUCUAUUUCUGGGAUUCCCUGGAUUCUUAACAAGAGAUGGUGACAGAAUGAUUAGAGAAAUUCUUUUUUUAGCAUGAAAGUUGUCCCUUCUCUUCUUCAGUACUUGCCUCCUACUGGCAUUGAAUUAUCACAGGGAUAAAAAUUGGUUAAUUUUUUAUUUCUAACUCUCCCAGCAAACUCGUCUCGCCCAGUAUUUAUUUGGUACUCGUUAACCGCCAGGGGGAAAAAAAAUGGAACUCCUCCAAGCUGCCAAUAUUUAUCUACGAACUGUAGCAGUACGCCGAACCGUACUGUAGCAGGGAUUAUUGAGAUGCUCUGGGGGUGUAUUGUAUACCUUCCAGUUCUCUUCAUUUCGGAAUUGAAUUUUCUUUUCUUGAUGUCGGUCUCCUUCGUAUCACCUCAAGGUUUAGACGUGUGAAGGAACAAGCGUGAUGGGGAGAAGAGUCUUAAAAGGAGACAUGUUGUACAUAAUCGGAAGGAAGAGGAAAGGAGGACUUGUCCAUUUUGAUACUUUGCUGUGGGUGGCCAGUUUGUUUCUCAUAGGGAAAUCUGACCCACCUGUCGUGUUGGCUCCUAAGGAACUGCUGUUGUAAGCGGCUCAUCAAGAGUUGAACUUCAUGUAGCCUUGUUGGGAAUAUGGAAAAGGAAGAAAGCCACAGGACUGCCCAUUCAGUCUUGGGAAGAUCUGGAUGAUUCUGCACAAGCAAAAAUGACUUGAAACUUAUGUAUAGACACCUCUCUACCAAUCCUUCUUCAGCUGACUGAAUGUUGUAUAAUAGCCCUUCUCCAAAGCAGGGGUGGAAUGUUCUGGUUUCACCACAGAUUUUCUACUCAUUUCAUUUUUGGAAUCAGCUUAAAGAUUCCAGGUCCCUUUUGUAUAUAACCUUUAUUCUUUUGCUUUUUUAAAAAUAAUUUUGUUUCAUAUUUAAAGUCCUUGUAUUAGUCAAUGAUUCAUGUUCAGCAUUAUUUGAACCAUUUGCCAUUACAAGAAAGAGAAAUACUUAUUUGUGUUUUAAAUAAAGCCGGUGUAGGAAAGUCUGGACCUUGUGAGUCAAGCGGUCAUACGUCACUUCAGCCUAGGGUCUGUCUCGAUAGGGGCCCCAGUCAGAACGUCGUUGGCCUCUUGUUUAAAUGCUCCAAUUUCACAGAUGACUGUGUUGCUUUAGAAAACUCUCACAAGGACGUAUUGCCAAACUUACAAGUAUGCUCAGUUUUAGCUGCAUAGGGUUGCCCAACAUUAAUUGAAUUGAGUUCCAUUAUCAUUGUAACUCAAAUAAUGCCGUUUGUUUUUUUUAGAGAGGGUUUAGAAAUGAUCUUAACUGGGUUCCAUUAAGAAUUUUCGAGCAUGAAAAAAAUUUUUUUUUCAAGCAUGAGGUCCUAAAAAUUUCAGACAAGUUUUUUCAUAUAAUAUGCCAAUUUUUUGGUCAAGGGAAUACACAUAAGUUUGUUACCAGAGAACAUAGAUUUUUUCUAAUAGUCUAAAAGUAGUUCCAACAAGUCCAAUCAACUUUUCACAAAUAGCAAACAGAUUGUGUGUUGAGGUUCGAGUGAUGAUGGUUUGCAGUUUUAACAGAAGAGGGCCCAAAUGUUGCAGAGUUUGGCCACAGCCAGAAAUUUCAAGAUAGGCCCCAGCCAUCUGACUUCAUUCAACCUUAAUUACCCCGUUUAAGGGCCUGUCUCCAACUACGGUCACAUUCUGAGCUGCCGUUGGGGAAUGGGUAGAAUUUCAACAUAGGAGUUUCAGGGGGCACACUUCAGCCCAUGACAAAAGGCAUAAAAUAAGUGGCCAGAUGAAUGAAAAAGCUCUUGAGCCGUAUCAGGGGCUGCUGAUCUUUGCUAGACUGCCCCUGGCUUUGCAACCCCACUCUUAGGAAUGCUCAUUCGUCCUAGUCAUUCAGCAAGCUGUGAGGCUUCUGGUGGAGACGCAGGGAAGUUGAGCUGAGAGGAAGGAUGCUGUUGACUAUUGAGGCCUGGAGCUGACUCUUCACUCAGGGUGUGUUUCUCUGGACCAGUGUUUCUCAAGCCCACUCUGCAGACACUUGGGGAGCGUUGUGAAAAUCUCAGCGUUUUCCAACAACAUUACGAUUAGCUGUAAUUGAAAACAGUUGUAAUUUAAAAAGGGAAACAGGUUUCAUAGUACUUUCCACUAUUGAAUGAAUUGAUGGAGUUGGUGAUACAGUUGACCUUUGGACAACACUGGUUUGAACUGCACAGGCCCACUUACACGUGCAUUUUUUUUUUUUUUUUUUUUUUGAGUUGACAGCGAAAGCUACGUGGCAUUUAUUUACAGAUGCCCACCCCGGCCUUCAAUGGACCCAUGAGAAGGCCACUGAUGCAGAGAUUGAACCUGCUGCCCUUCCUGGGGAGGCCUCCGGGGCCCUCCGUGGCCUCGGGGAGCCCCAGGACUGGGCAGGGUGGCUGGUCGCCCUGUGUCCCUACAAGGUAGUCAGGUUGAGCUGGGGGCCGCUAGCAGGCAGGAGGCUGGGCUGAAGCAGAGGCCCAAAGAGCAAGGAUGUUACUGCAGAGGGAGCACUGGCCACAGAGUCCUCUGUGCACUGGGCUCGGGGAGGCAGCUGCUGGUGGCCACGGGCCCGUGGUACACCUCCAGGUGGUUGGGGCAGAUGUAUUGUGCACUCAGGCCCUUGUGGCCACACACAGGCCCUCCCCCGACCCCCCCAACCACCACCACCGGUGGCUACCCCUGCUAAACCAAGGCCACCAGGCUGCAGAAUAUCACUAUGCCGGGGCCAGCCUGCCACCACCCUAUCCCCUCCUAGCCUAGCCAGCCUAUACUCUGGGUGUUUUCAGUGAAUGUAUGCACAGUACUGUAAGUGUAUUUUCUCUUUCUGGUGACUUUCUUCUUUUUUUCUUUCUUACAACUUGCUUAACAUCUCCUUUUCUCCAGCUUAUUUUAAGAAUUCAGUAUAUAAUACAUAGACUAUUCACGUUAUCAGCAAAGCUUCCUGUCGACAGCAGGCUAUUAGUAGUUAAGCUUCAGGGGAGUAAAAAGUUAUACACAGAGUUUUCACUGCACGGUGGGGCUGAGGUGUUGGCACCUCUAACUCUGACAUUGUUCAAGGAUCAACUGUAUAUUCAUUU